UCACAAAUCUUUCCAACCUCCCAUUUGGGAGUAACAUGACAUGACACUCUAGAAUUUGAAACCACUUGGACCACAUGGAGCUACAAAAGUAGGCUGGUGUUUGUUUAGAACACCUUAAUUGGCCAUAUUAACCAUUUUCCCCUUGAUGAAUGUGAACUAAACCUUGAAGUUUCUUGAUCUAUAGUCCUUUUUCUGUUAUUCAUUUGUUUAGAUUUGGUUAGGACUUCCACAAGUCCACUCAUUAACUGGCCAGGUUAAGUCAGGUCUGUCACUCGUAACAAUUUAGUCCAUAAGAUAUUUUUAAAGUAACUUAAAUGAGCUGAACCUUGAACCCUACCUGCUAGCGCAUGUAAAGUGUAAGACACUGUAAGUGCAUUAGCUUAAUCCUUUAUCUGGCUCACAGCACUCUGUGAACACGUUUCAUUGUCCACAUGCAUGCAAGGGAAGCAGGCUGAAGAUGGCCAAUGCUGGUUGCCUAUUAGUUAAAAAGUAGGUUUAGUUUGCUGUAAAAUGUUGAAAAAAUGCAGUGGCUAGGAGUGCACUUUUUGAUUUUAUUGGUUCUUUACACAGGCACUUUCUCAAAAGAGAGUAAGCCUACUGGUUGUGAACAGCAGCCAUGCCAAAAUGGAGGGACUUGUGAAAACCACAAAGAAGGUUUCCGGUGCCUUUGCUCCCAACAGAGCCAAAAUGGACGCCUUUAUGGAGGACAGGACUGCACAGUUGCACUUUUAGGCUGUGAUGAUAACCAGUGUGCGAAUGGUGGAAUAUGUACACCUCAGCUUGUCGAUGGUGAACACUCUUUCUCAUGCUUUUGUAUGGGUGGCUUCACAGGCCCAAUGUGCCAAACACAAACUGUGUUCUCCUUUGAAUCACCGGGACAUAUUUCCAUAGAGAUUCCAGACCUACAAGUUCCUGUCAAUGUAACCUUUAGCUUUAAGACAGAUAGAGAGGUGGGGACUCUGCUGCAACACAGAGUGGAUAGUUUCUUUCUCAGCAUUGAACUUGUGGAUGGACAUCUCUGUCUUAAAAGUUGGAGAUAUGGUGAAUCCAACACUUUACUUCAGAGGCUACCUAAUUAUCUAUCUGAUGAUACUUGGCACACAGUGGAGGCAUCGCUGGGUGGUUUAUUCAGCCUGAUGCAGCUGCUCUGCUCUGGGGCCAACUGCUCCAGACAAGCUUAUCCUGAGCUCAUAGUGCUAGAGCGCACCUCUGCCUCCAUACAACUACAACCUCUUCUCUAUAGCCUCACUAUUGGAGCAGUCCAUGACAUCUGGGGGGACAAUAGUGAAGCCCAGUUUCCUACAGCUUUUCUGGGAUGCUUCAGGGAUGUUUCUGUAAACUCAAAGCUGGUGGUCCCAACUUCAGCAACUAAUGAUUUUCAGACAAAUAUUACUCUAGGUUGUAGCAACAAAGACAAAUGUGCUGAGAGCCCAUGUCGAAACCGAGGCCGCUGUAAAAGCCAAAGGUGGAGGAGCUAUAUCUGUGAGUGCCACAGACCCUAUGAAGGCACGAACUGUGAACAAGAAUAUGUUACAGCACGGUUUGGAAACAAAGAACAACUAAGUUAUGCCAUUUUUUUAUUGGCUGAUGAUCUAGGAGACACUUUGACUGUAUCCAUGUUUGUCCGCACCAGACAGGCCAGUGGCCUGCUCCUCAUCCUGGCCAACAGUACGAGCCAGUACCUCCGUAUAUGGCUGGAUGGUGGCAGAGUUCAGGUCCAAAUCAACAACUUUGAGAGCCUUGGGGGUCAGACUGUCAUCAGUGAUGGACAUUUCCAUUUACUGACAAUAAAACUGGAAGGAACAACCGCCAGAUUGUUUCAGUCAGUCCAGAAUCAGGGUUCUACAACCAUUCGGCAGAUUCAGGCCAGUGAGGGAGAUAUUGUUUAUGUUGGAGGUCUCACAGACCCAAGGGCUAGUGCCUCCUUUGGUGGCUACUUCAAAGGCUGUGUUCAAGAUCUGAGGGUUAACAGCAAACGACUGCAGUUCUAUCCAAUAGCAGCUCAAGUUGAGUCCUACAAUCUCCAGCAACUCAACAAUGUGCAACAAGGAUGCGACAGUGACAACGCAUGUGCUGUCAAUCCCUGUCUUAAUAGUGGGGUGUGCUACUCCAUGUGGGACGAUUUCUUGUGCACUUGUCCCCCUAACACGGCAGGACGUCGCUGUGAAGAGGUGAAAUGGUGUGAAAUGUCUCCGUGCCCUGCCUCAGCCAUUUGCCUAUCACACCGUCAGGGAUUUGACUGUUUAUCCAACAUCACAAUUCGAAUUGGAAACAGCCCUUUGCAUUACAGAGGCAACAGCAAUAUCAAGCGCAUCCUGAACAAUGUCUCUAUAAGUUUCCGAACAAGACAGCCUGUUGCCACAUUACUGUACACACAAAAGGGCUCAGAUGUUCUCACUGUGUCUUUAAUAGAUUCCCAGCUGACAGUGCUGCUGGUUGGAGCUGACCAGAACAUUAGUUUGGUGCACAGCAUGGGUCCAGUUAGUGAUGGUCUGUGGCAUACAGUGGAGCUGAAGAUGGAGACAGCCACACUCCAGACCCCUCUGUGGGUCCUGGCUCUAGAUGGAAAUAAAAUGGCAAUAGAACGGUUCAGAAUACCUCCACAUGCACUGGAUUUUCUCAGAGAAGAUGCAGACAUUUUCCUCGGCAGCAUGAAUGCUGCUAGCAUUAACAUGUCUGGGUGUUUGGGUCCGGUGGAGAUUGGGGGUCUUUUCCUUCCUUUCCACAUGGACACUGAGCUCAAUAUUCCUAGACCACAGCUAGAGCAGUUUAUGAGAGUUGACAGUGGCAGAGUUACUUUACAAUAUGGCUGCUGGGGAGCUAGGGUUUGUGAGCCCAGCCCUUGUCAGAACAGUGGUGCUUGUGAAGAUGUCUUUGACCUGUACCAGUGCACUUGUUCAUCUGAGUGGACAGGGCUCCAGUGCCAGGACCCUACAGACAGGUGCCUCUCCAAACCCUGCCUGUUUGGAAACUGUACCAGCCUUCCAGGCGAGUACAAGUGUGACUGUGAACCAGGAUACAGGGGAGGCCAGUGUGAGCUGGAAGUCGACCUUUGUGAAAACAACAACUGUAGUAAUGGUGCUACUUGUCUGAAGAGCUUACAGAGAUAUGCAUGUCUCUGCCCUCAGAACCUGACAGGACAAUACUGCGAUGAGAAGCUUCCAGAAAUUCCAUGGUACAUUGUGACAAAACCACUUCCUCAGCUCCGUACGUCCGCUUGCAUUGGCACACGCUGGAACUACAGUUGCUUCAAUGGAGGAAACUGCUCCAAUGAAGACAAUUCUUGCCUUUGUUUGCCUGGUUUUACUGGAGAGUGGUGUGAGAAGGAUGUGGAUGAAUGUGCCUCUGGGCCAUGCAUGAACGGAGGCUUCUGUCUUAACUACAUCAACAGUUUUGAGUGUGUGUGUGAUCAGAACUUCUCUGGUAUCACCUGCCAAAUCGACGUCAGUGACUUCUACCUGUAUGUGUUCCUGGGACUGUGGCAGAACAUAUUCCAGCUUCUGUCCUACCUUGUAAUGCGCCUCGACGACGGCCCGGAGGUGGAGUGGGGCUUUCAAAUGGACUAGAGAUUAGUUACUUACCUAAUAAAUGUAAUUGUUAAGAGAAUACACAUUUUGAUGAAACCACAAGACACAUAAUUGAGCUACAUUAAAAUGUUGUUUUUUUA